AUGUCAGCUUCGUUUACGGCGCGAGCUCAAGCUUUGAUCCGCAAGAGACGAUUGUUCUCCACAUUCAUCAUUACCGGCCUCAUCGGCUUGGUGGCUCUCUGUGUCUUUCUCCCAUGGCAGUCUAGUCUUCAUCCACCUGGAACUCAUCAGAUCUCCCGGGCAGUGCAUGAUGGUCUACUCGCUCGCACCAGCGUAGGAGGCUCUGGCACCCCUCCUAAGCCAGGAAAUGAGAAUAUUCCUCCAGGUCAAGGAUCUGCCUCUUCUAUUCAACAUGGCACUGGCUCUGCAGAUCAGAGCAACUAUAAUUGGUUUCCCAAGCAUCUUCAGGGGCUUCUUGACAAGCCAGACGUCAAUCAUCAACAUAUCUCUAGCGAAGAGAAGAACAAGCUGACCUGGGUCCAAAAAGGGGUAGAGGUGUACCACUCGAUGCUUUCAAUGGACACAUCCAGGGAUUCUAUUUAUCAGGACGAUGGCAGCUCUCCGCAGAGCAUUCUCGAGAGUCAUAAAUGGGCUCUAAGAGGCUACGCGGAUUUUAGAGGCGUCCAAUUCCUCUCGGGACUUGCAAGUGCAAUGAACGGGCUCGACAUCAGUAGAGAGCCGCGCGAUUGGUUCAGCAACAACGCUUUCUGCUCUGUCAAAGUUCCAGGAUCUGAGACCAAGACAUUCAGAGCCGAUUUGGACAAUCCGGUCAACUUCCGACAGGGGGUGUUGCUAGGGAACUACAACUUCGGCAUCGAGGAUGGUAUGCGAGCUGAGAUUGAAAGCGGAGAGGUCACCAAAGCCGAAAUCAACAAGGAAUUUCCACUCCGGCGAUGGAGCGACGUGGUCUGGCUCGGAGCCGAGUUCGUGAAAAGGAAGAAGUAUCUCCCGAAACUUCCAGCACAAACCCCAGCGACCAGAGGAUUUGAACAUGUCUUUCAGUAUCACGUUAUCGAGAGCAGCACCAAGAAGGUUCUCAAAGAAGUCACCGGGAUUGAAGCUGAGGCUCGCGGAGGUGGAUUGAGAAUUGCUGAUCUAGGCGUGGUGAGUAUCGAGCUCCACCUGAUUUCGCUAAUCUUCUCGCUAAUAUGAGCGAUUUGUCAGUGGCCUGGCAAGGCGUAUAAUGUCGAGAGCGACAAGUCUUACCAAGCGAUGGCUCUUAUCUCGGCGCCAAGCAUUCGUGGUGUCGCCUACAUGCUCGCUCAACACAAGAAGGCACUUGGAUCGGCUUACACCAUUGAUCGGAUCCACAUUUUCGAUUGUCAAGAUCCACCAAAGGCUGGAGACACUGCUAUCCCUCGCCUGUGCCUCUAUAUGCACGUCAAGAAGGUUUCGGGAGCGAGCGCGAUAGAGCAUUGA